AGCACGCACAACACGCGCUGACUGUCAACUAUGGGUAGCUGUUCGAGGCUGGGAGCGGAUUCUUAUGUUCCGUUCAAACAAAUAGGACCCGGAGCAGCCGGAGUGAACGUGGUGGUGUCCCAUAUUAUGGAGAUUAUAUAUGAUAGCCUUUGUGUACAACUCACGGCUACAUAUUUUACUUCGUAGUAAAAGACAGGCACUGACUCAGCCAUCAAUCAACAGGAUAUUUAAGAAAAAUCAACGCAUGUGCCUCACCAAUGCGUAGUAAGCCCACCCACUGAUGAACUAGAAGCCAAACCCAGGGUCUCACAGAACCGGCGUAGACCGUGGAAGAAGCGGUCCAAAACUAUUCUAACGACGAGAAUAUCCUGAACAGAGGAUCCUUUCUACAGAAAAAAAUGAAGGAAAAGAACCUAAUAGAGACUGCCAAAAUGCAAGGGAACGUAAUGGAGCUGGUGGGGAGUAACCCUCCUCAGAGGAACUGGAAGGGUAUUGCGAUCGCCCUGCUUGUCAUUCUGGUCAUCUGCUCCCUGAUCGUCACCUCGGUCAUCCUGCUGACACCAGGCGAGGAUGACAGCUUGGCCCUCAAGGGGAAACUGACCGUGGGGGACAUCUUCAGGAAGGACUUCAAGGUUCACGACCCUGAGGCCAAGUGGAUCAACAGUAAUGAGCUACUGUAUCGCACACGUGAGGGGGAUGUUGUCAGGCUCAACAUGGAGACGUAUGAGAGGACGGUACUGGUGCACAACAAAAAGUUUGAAAUGUACAAAGCCAGCAAGUAUGAAGUGUCUCCUGACAUGAAGCAUGUGCUGCUCGCCUACAACGUGGCACCGGUGUACCAGCACUCGUUCACUGCCUUCUACAUCAUCUGCAGCCUGGAGACUCCGGAGACAUGGAACCUGAAUCCUCCAGAGGUACGGAACGCCCAACUGCAGUACGCAGGCUGGGGACCCAGGGGCCAGCAGCUGAUUUUUAUUUUUGAGAACAACAUCUACUACCGUUCGACGGUGGAGAGCCGAUCGAUCCGUCUGGUUUCCACCGGCAAGGAGGCGGUCAUCUUCAAUGGGCUCAGCGAUUGGCUGUACGAAGAGGAGAUCUUCCAGACCCAUAUUGCCCACUGGUGGUCUCCGGAUGGUGCCCGGCUGGCAUAUGCCACCAUCAAUGACACUAUGGUGCCCAGGAUGGAGAUCCCUAUGUUCACAGGAACUACUUACCCUACCGGCAGGGAGUAUCACUACCCUAAGGCUGGGGAGGAAAAUCCAGUCAUCUCUUUGUAUGUGGUCAACCUGAACGGGCCCCUGCACACCAUCGAGAUGAGGAGACCUGAAGACCCGAGGAUGGGAGAGUACUAUGUCACCAUGGUGAAAUGGGCGACUACCACCAAACUGGCAGUGAAUUGGUUAAACAGAGCCCAGAACAUAUCCAUGCUGACAUUGUGUCAGGCCACCACCGGUGUCUGCACGAAGAAACAUGAGGACGAAAGUGAAAGUUGGCUACACAGACAGAAUGAGGAGCCGCUGUUCUCCAAAGAUGGUCUGAAGUUGUUCUUCACCAGAGCCAUCCCACAGGGAGGCAGGGGCAAGUUCUUCCACAUCUCCAUGUCCAUCACACAGCCCAACACUAGCACAGACACGCUGCAGUCCAUCACGUCUGGAGACUGGGACGUCACCCAGGUCCUGGCCUAUAACGAGAACAUCCAGCUAAUAUACUUCUUGAGCACAGAGGACGAUCCGAAACGCAGGCACCUCUACAGUGCGGACACAGUGGGCCCUUUCAACAGACGCUGUCUCUCCUGUGACUUCUACGAAGGUUGUGGCUACGUUAGAGGUUCCUUCAGCCACAGCAUGAGCCUCUUCCUGCUUAGCUGCAAAGGCCCUGAUGUCCCGUUUGUAGCAGUGUACAGCACACAGGACAGACAGAAGGUGUUUGACCUGGAGACCAAUGAGAAUCUGAGGAUGAGGCUGGACUCCAUGCAGAUGCCCCGCGUGGAAUACAAGGAGAUCAACAUUGAGGAUUACACACUAACGAUGCAGAUCCUCAAACCUGCCAGCUUUGUGGACUCAUCGCACUAUCCUCUGCUCCUCCUUGUCGAUGGCACCCCCGGUGGCCAGAUGGUGUCAGAGCAAUUCCACAUAGACUGGGCCACGGUGCUGGUGAGCAGCUUCGGGGCAAUGGUGGUUCGCUUUGACGGGCGGGGCAGUGGCUUCCAGGGGACCAACCUGCUGCACCGCGUCCAGAGGAAACUGGGCGUGUUUGAGGAGAAGGACCAGCUGGAGGCCCUCAGUAUUAUAUCUAAAGAGCCAUAUGUUGACAAGACCAGGAUUGGAGUUUAUGGCAAGGUGUAUGGAGGCUACGUGACCAGCCUGUUACUCAGCGCCGAGGAUUCCCUGGUGAAAUGUGGUGCGGCUCUCUCACCCAUCACGGACUUUGACCUAUAUGCAUCAGCGUUUUCAGAGAGAUACUUGGGACAGCCCAAGCCUGACCCAAGAGCAUAUGCGAUGGCCAAUCUAGCACACAGGGCAUCUCAGUUCUUGGACAAGAAGUUUCUGAUUGUUCACCCAACAGCAGAUGAAAAAGUGCAUUUCCAGCACACAGCGAAAUUCAUCGCCCAGCUGAUCAAUGAAAACGCCAACUACACUCUGCAGAUCUACCCAGACGAGGGCCACUUCAUCCACAGCGAGGCCACGCGGCAGCACCUCAGCCAGUCACUGGUCAACUUCUUCGAGGAGUGUUUCCGGCUACCGGACAACGUGUUCGAGGAGAUACUGGAGGAGGAGAUCGAAGAAGAGGGUUAGCCUGGGCAAAACCAAUCCCCCCAAACCAGAGCUCCAGUCCGUGCCCAAGCACAAUGCCAGCCCCCAUACCUGGUUUCCACAAUCCACAUGAUAUGCAAGCUCCUCUUGGUUUAAACUUUCUUUGGCCCUUUUUUUGUUUUGUUUUCACCUUAUGUGAUUCCCCUGCAUUUCAGCAUGAUCAUCCCUGAGACUGACACGUUGCAGAUCAUCCCUGAGACUGACACGUUGCAGAUCAUCCCUGAGACUGACACGUUGCAGAUCAUCCCUGAGACUGACACGUUGCAGAUCAUCCCUGAGACUGACACGUUGCAGAUCAUCCCUGAGACUGACACGUUGCAGAUCCUCCCUGAGACUGACACAUUGCAGAUCAUCCCUGAGACUGACGCGUUGCAGAUCAUCCCUGAGACUGACGCUUUGCAGAUCAUCCCUGAGACUGACGCUUUGCAGAUCAUCCCUGAGACUGCCGCGUUGCAGAUCAACCCUGAGACUGCCGCGUUGCAGAUCAACCCUGAGACUGCCGCGUUGCAGAUCAACCCUGAGACUGCAUCGUUGCAGAUCAACCCUGAGACUGACACGUUGCAGAUCAUCCCUGAGACUGACACGUUGCAGAUCAACCCUGAGACUGCCGCGUUGCAGAUCAUCCCUGAGACUGCCGCGUUGCAGAUCAUCCCAGAGACUGCCGCGUUGCAGAUCAUCCCUGAGACUGCCGCGUUGCAGAUCAACCCUGAGACUUGUGUUGCAGAUCAUUCCUGAGACUGCCGUGUUGCAGAUGCUUGCUUAUCUCCUCAUCCCGUUUUUGUCCUCCUACUCCUCCUCUUCUUCACCUUUUGAGUCACCACGACUCCACCAGAGACCAUCUGCAGCCAUUUUGUUGACAUCGACACAAUGAAUACAACUUUAUGAUGGAGGGAUCAUUAGCUGACGUCAUAUCUGGAACAGCGGUCGUGUCAGGAAUAGGCGUGCUCCUCGGAUUCCAAAUGACUGGUGAGAAGGAGGGAACAUCAAACUCCACACGCAAACUUUACCAGUCAGUGAGGAGAGGAAAGACUUAUAGCACAAACUUUGGGGUCAAAGUUACAGGCGCCACAUGGGAUUUUAUGGGUCAAACUGGUUCCAGCCCAGUGUCUGUGGGUCGAGGGUAGGGUGUCUGCUCCUAUUUUUAAAAUCGUGAAAAUACAUUUUCAUGUUGAACUGUGCUUGUGUAUGUUAUUCCUCUGUAAAGUAGCACAUGAAAAACAUUCCCUUCUUUGGGUAUUGAUACUUCGUUUUUUCAGUGUUCAAGUUUGUCCUGAUCUUGGAAUCUUCUUGUAGCCGCAAGUAUGUAUUUAAAUGGUGUAGACUCCGUGUCAUGAAAAGAAGAGAAGGAUGUGAACAGAAUCACCGGUUUGUUUUGUUACAAAAUGUUCUCCUCAUUCUUUGCUUAUUUUAUAAUACUCCCACCAGUCCUAUGGAAAUUGAAGCAUAUAUAUUAUAUUUUAGUCACUGUGCCUUACUUUGGGAGUGAGCAGUCCUUUUUAUGGACUCCUUUUGUGAAAACUAAAUACAACAUGGCUCAUUGUAAAUAAAUGUUCUGCUGAUCAUGGCACUAACUACUGUUGGUUAAACCUUCACUCUAAUCUGUGAACACUUUGUAAUGUUGUCAUAGAGUAGGUAUGGCAUUAUAUCAACAGUCAAGUAAGAAAUGGUCUUCUUCAGUUCCAAAUAUACCCAAUUGCCAAAAUAGAUGUAAACAGUAGCUGCAUGUAUCUGCACAUUAUUUUACAGAUGUUCAAAUGGUAACGAAAUGGUUUGUCAAGCUAACAACCACAUAAAAUUAUGUUUAAGUAAAUGGCUAUUGAAGUGCCAUUACAACCAUUCUCAGUAUUAAGUCAAUUGGUGGGUUUGAGGUGCCAAUGUAGAAUUGGUGUUGUUUUAUGGCAAAAAGUAAUACAUUUGUCUAUAAGGUAAUUAAUAGCUUAGAAUCAUUAUCUCAAUCUUUACAGGAUGAAAUACAAAGGAUUAUUUGUAUCUUUUUUUAGGUUGGACUGCUAUCUAAAAACGUGAAUUCUUGAGGCACAAGUCUGCAUUUUAUCUGAACGAUCAUUCUGUUACUUUGUCAAUGCAUGUUAUCAAGUUAUUUGCAACUCAAUGCGAUCUGUGAUAGCUCUGUUUCAAAAUAGUAUUUUUUACAUCGUGAAUGUUCCGUACUGGGUUGAAUUACAUUUACAGUAGUAUCAUGAUUGAGAUCCCAGUCUCUUCAGCUUGAUGUGUAAAUGUUACUCAAAUAUCAUUUGUCUUUUAAUAGCUGAGUGUUAUUUGUGCAUAAAUGCAUUUUGAAAGUUACAUUUGAAUAUACAUUUCCCCCCCUUCUGUUUCAGUCCUUGGGUUGAGUUUAAAGUGGACUUUGCGAUAGUGACAUUUCUGACAUUUCUGAACGUGAAGAUGGACUUUUGCCAAGUAAUCCAAAAUAGUACAAGAGACAACGUGGCAGUAUGUGGCAUGGGGGUAAAUGUUAGAAUAAAAUGUAUUUUAUCAUUGUACUCUGUAGUUUAUCUAUUUUGGUUGUUUUUGCAAAAUUGUGAAUGUUCUCUACUUCAUGUUAAUUUAUCCACUUUAUUGUAAAAGACACAAAAAAAAAUGCAUCCUCAAGCGUUUACUCAAAUCAACCAAAUGUCUUGUUGUAUAGUAAAACAAUGAGAUGAGAAAUCAAGCUGCCAAAACAAAGCUUCUGGGUUCUAUUACUGAACAAGUCCUCAUUACCUUGCCAGUCUGGAUAGAUUGUGAAAUGCUUUUAGGUUUGUUCAAAAACAUAGACGUGGUACAUAGUCAUUCAAACAACUUAAUUGUCAUCAGUCACUUUCAUCUUUGUAAAACCAUUACCAAAACAUACAUUUCUGUAAAUUAAAAGUUUGAUUUGUACAGCAA